UGUAUGAUCUCAGGAAAGAUUGAAAAGCUUGACGAUGGCCAAAUUUAUUGAACGCAUCAGAAAUGUAAUCCCGGGACUGCGCCGCAGGGACAGCAAUGUCCCUCAUCAAGGGGACGUGGCUGUGGAUAUGGGAGAGGCUGAUUUUGGCAAGAAGGAAAACCAAAAGAUGUCAAUCUACAAUCCCCUCGAUCCCGUGCCAAAAUAUGACUUUUACGCCAAAGACACGUGGGCAGGACGUAUUAAAAAGAACAGACCUUCAUUGGAUGUUCUGCGCAACCCACCGGAUGAUAUUACUACAACACCAGAUGAAGAAGAUGGACGGCCCAAAGUCAAGCUGGUCCGCUUUGGGUGGGUUCUAGGAGUCUGGAUUCGCUGCAUGUUGAACAUCUGGGGAGUCAUCAUGUACCUGCGGCUGCCGUGGGUCACAUCUCAAGCUGGACUUGUUCUGACAUUCGUCAUCAUCUUCAUGUCUGUCACCAUCACGACGAUCACGGCGACGUCUGUGUCUGCAAUCUCCACCAAUGGGAAAGUCUACUCCGGUGGUACAUACUUCAUGAUCUCUCGGAGUCUGGGUCCGGAGCUUGGAGCGCCCAUCGGUUUGCUCUUUGCGUUCGCCUGUUCUAUCGCCUGUGCUCUUCACACAGUAGGCUUUUCGGAAACUGUCAGAGAUAUGCUUAAAGACUUUAAAUCUCAGAUGGUGGAUGAUGUGAAUGACGUGCGGAUCAUUGGGGCGAUUACUGUCACCAUCUGCCUCCUCAUCACAUUCGCUGGCAUGGCAUGGGAGGCCAAGGCUCAGAUCUUGUUCUUCAUCGCCAUUAUACUCUCAUUGCUAAAUUAUUUUGUGGGCACGGUCAUUCCCCCCACCCAAGAGAAGGAGGCAGUGGGAUUUUUUGGCUACCACUCUGAUAUUUUCGUAUCAAAUCUGCUGCCUUCCUUCCGAGGUCCAAGUGGAAAUUUCUUAGUGGUUUUUGCAAUCUUCUUCCCUGCUUGCACAGGAAUUCUCUCUGGUGUGAACAUCUGUGGAGACCUCAAGGAUCCAACAGGUGGGAUUCCUAAAGGGACCCUACUGUCAAUUUUAUGCACCACCCUGAGCUAUUUGCUGAUCGCUGCCACGUGUGCUGCCACUGUGGUAAGAGAUGCUUCUGGGAAUCGAAAUGAUAGUUUAGCCCUGUCAAAUUACACAACCCACUGCACCGGUCUGGGCUGUAAAUAUGGCUGGAAUUUUGACAGCUGUGAACAAUACCGAAACUGUACACAAGGACUGGCAAACAACCUCCGGAUUCUUACCGUUGUGUCAGGAUGGGGCAUUCUGAUCACGAUUGGGACCUUUGCUGCAACCUUGUCCUCAGCGCUGGGCUUCCUGGUGUCCGCACCCAAAGUUUUCCAGUUAUUGUGUAAGGACAAGAUUUACCCCUAUAUUGGCUUCUUCGGAAAAGGUUACGGGAAAAACAAGGAGCCUCUUCGUGCUUACGUUCUCACGUUUAUCAUUGCGAUGUGUUUCAUCCUCAUCGGUAAUUUGAACACAAUCGCUCCUCUGAUCUCCAACUUCUUCCUCGCCUCUUACGGCCUUAUUAACUUCAGCUGUUUCCAUGCCUCGAUCACCAAAUCACCUGGUUGGCGACCACAGUACCGGUACUAUUCUCCAUGGUCGUCUCUGUUUUGCUGUUGCUUGUCAUUCACCCUCAUGUUUUUGUUCACAUGGUGGGCUGCUCUUGUCACUUCCAGUGUCGUCAUCUUCCUCAUAGGUUAUAUCAACUAUAAAAAAACUUAUGUGAACUGGGGCUCGUCCUACCAAGCCGCUUUCUACAACAUGGCUUUGACCUUCUCGAUGAAUCUGACUACUGUGCCGGAUCACGUCAAAAACUUCAGGCCUCAGUGUCUCGUUCUGUCUGGACCUCCGAACACCCGUCCUGCUCUGGUGGACUUUGGGGACUUUACCAAAAAUGUCAGCCUGAUGAUCUGUGGGAACAUAACCAUAGAGGGCGAGCGGUCUGAUUUUCCUGAACACAGUUCUGAUUUGGUGGUAGAAUGGCUGAAUAAGAGGAAAGUUCGAUCUUUCUACACAACUUUCGCUGCUGAAAGUCUGCAGGAUGGCGCCCACAAUCUCAUGCUGGCUUCUGGUCUUGGGAAACUAAAGCCAAACACACUUGUUUUGGGAUACAAGACAAACUGGCAGGAAUGUAAACCAGAGAGUUUGCAGGACUACAUCAACACCAUUAACGAUGCUUUUGAUUCAAACUACGGAGUCGCACUUUUGAGAAUGAUGGAUAAACUGGACGUUACUGAUGAUUUGUACGGUGCAGAAGAUGGCUCAUCUGCUAUUGAUAAUCCUGCCUUUGAGAGAGAUGAAGUGCCACAAUCCAGAAUUGACACCAUUGAUCGGGAUUCAGAUAACUCUGAUGAAGAAUCAAGCGAUCAAAUCAGAACAGUGUUUCAGGCCAAACAAGGCAAGAAGACUAUUGACAUCUACUGGAUCUCUGAUGAUGGAGGUCUGACUCUUCUAGUGCCAUAUUUGCUGACCAGAAGAAACCGCUGGAAAAAGAGCAAAAUCAGAGUGUUUAUCUUAGGAGAUCAAGAGACCAGGAAAGAAGACCGUGACGACAUGAAGAUGCUACUAAAGAGAUUCCGGCUGGAAAUUGAGGAAGUUAUUGUCAUAACAGAUGUGGAUAAACCUCCUCUAGCUAAAAAUGUGCAGCGAUUUGAGGACACCAUCACCCCCUUUAGGCUGAGUGAAGAACAGGCCAGAGGAGACCUGCAGGAGUUCAGGAGAUUCAAUCCGUGGGCAGUUUCCGACAAAGAUCUGGAGGCUGUUAGACCCAAGGUGGAGAGGACGGUGCGACUAAAUGAGAUCAUCAAGAAGAACUCCCUCUACGCUGCUCUGGUUGUAGUUUCUCUCCCAGUGCCUGAUCUUAACUGUCCCAGCUCUCUCUAUAUGGCCUGGAUGGAGGCGCUGAGUUUCGGUAUCAACUGUCCCGCCCUGCUCAUUCGUGGAAACCAGGAAAACGUCAUGACCUUCUACUGCCAGUAAAACUCAUCAUCAAACAUUUAUAACCAUGUAAACUGCAGUCACAUUCAGCAACGAGAUGUAAAACUUCAUGGGAAUCAGACCUGAUGAACUGAAAUGAGCUGCUUAAUUCUCUUGUACAAUGAUUGUAUUACUUCAGAUGUAUAUUUAUUAGCAUGUAUGUAUAAUCUUUGAGGAUGAUACAAGUCAAUAAGAUGGAGUUAUACUGGUGGAGGGAAGCACUUUAUCUCUUAUCUUGGGACCUUAAUUUCAAAGCAUAAAAUAUUAUAAAUAAAAGAGACAUUUUGA